AUGGCAGCCUCACUCAGCCUUUCAGCUCCUCUCCGCAUCUCCCUAUCUCCUUGCUCUUCUUCAACUCCUCCUUCCCAUGCUCAAUCCUGCCCUCCUUCUGUGGGAAUCCCUCGCAGAAACUUGGGCACAAAGCUCGUAGCUUCCGCUUUGCCUCGUCCCUACGGCGAUUCUUUAUCAAAUGGAAUAUCGAAGAAUGAUUUUGGGUUGCCUUUAAGGAUAGACGAGCCGGCUAUCUAUGGUUCUAGUCUCAGGUCUGCCGAGGAUGAUGGCAAGAAGGGUAACCCUCCCAUAAUGCCAGCAGUGAUUACACCUGGAGGAGCUUUGGAUCUGUUGUCUGUGUUGUUCCGAAACCGGAUUAUCUUCAUUGGCCAGCCAGUCAAUUCACGAGUUGCUCAGCGUGUCAUAUCGCAGCUUGUGACUCUAGCGACUAUUGACGAGAAGGCAGAUAUUAUGGUCUAUCUGAACUGCCCUGGUGGAAGUACAUACUCUGUGUUGGCAAUCUAUGACUGCAUGUCCUGGAUAAAGCCUAAAGUUGGCACUGUAUGUUUCGGAGUAGCUGCAAGCCAAGGAGCUCUUCUUCUUGCUGGUGGAGAGAAGGGAAUGCGGUAUGCAAUGCCUAAUUCCCGAAUAAUGAUACAUCAACCACAGAGUGGAUGCGGGGGUCAUGUGGAGGAUGUGAGGCGACAAGUGAAUGAAGCUGUUCAAUCUCGCCAUAAAGUUGACAAGAUGUAUGCUGCAUUUACUGGCCAACCUCUCGAGACUGUGCAACAGUACACAGAGAGAGAUAGGUUCCUGUCUACAUCAGAGGCAAUGGAGUUCGGGUUGAUUGAUGGCAUUCUGGAAACAGAGUACUGA